UUCAGUCGGCAUGCUGGUCCAAUGGAAUCUCGCGUGUUACUUCUCGUGCUUUUCGCGUUCGCCGUCUCGUCUGAUUUCACCGAGUCACCAUCGUUCGGUGAACCGAUAGCAAAUGUUACAGUUCCGUUGGGGCGAGAAGCCAUGAUGACCUGCGUUGUCAAUGACCUAGGAACGUAUAAGGUCGCUUGGCUUCGCGUCGACACGCAGACAAUUUUAACGAUCCACCAUCAUGUGAUCACAAAAAAUCAUCGGAUCGGCGUGAGCAAUACGGACGAGAGAACGUGGCACCUUCACAUCAAGGAGCUCAAAGAAUCAGACAGAGGCUGGUACAUGUGUCAAAUUAACACAGAUCCAAUGAAGAGCCAAGUCGGAUUUCUCGAAGUUAUAGUUCCACCAGAUAUUUUGGACUCUCCGACCAGUGCCGACACGGUUGUUCGGGAGGGUGGAAAUGUGUCGCUUCGAUGUGCCGCAUCGGGCAUACCCAUGCCCAACAUCACGUGGAAACGAGAGGGCGGCGCCCCGAUCCCCCUAACAGCCGGCGUGGAAGUGUUCAGCGUGGAAGGACCAACUUUCAACAUAUCCAGGGUGAAUCGCCUCCACAUGGGACCUUACAUGUGCAUAGCCUCCAACGGAGUCCCGCCUUCCGUCAGCAAACGAAUAAUGCUUACCGUUGAGUUUCCUCCAAUGAUUUGGAUACAAAGUCAGCUGGUUGCUGCGUACCAGGGCCAAAGACUAGUCUUAGAAUGCCAUUCAGAGGCAUAUCCUAAAUCAAUAUCAUAUUGGACCAGAGAAAGGGGCGAAGUUAUCACUUAUGGUCAAAAAUACGAGCCCGUGAUAAUUGAAUCCGACUACAGGACGCAUAUGAAACUGAUCGUCAAGUCCGUGUCGGCUAGUGAUUACGGCAACUACAAAUGUGUCUCGAAAAAUUCCCUCGGCGACACCGACGGUGCAAUCAAAGUUUACCCUGUUCUUUCGCCUACCGGUAAACAGGAUAUCAAGUUCAAAUUUAGAGAAAAAAAUCGGCAUAAAUUAAGUAGAAAUAAAACGAAGAAUGACAUUGAUGAUGCGGAGGAUGGUGGAGGAUCUAAAGAUAAACAGUCCCAGUACAAAGAGUAUGAAGAGUACGAGGAUGAAUUCAUGGUUGGCUCUGGCGGGCCAGCGUGCUCAAAACUAUUUUCUCUCUCAUCUUAUUGGUACCUUCUACUCCUGCCUGCUCUCAUUCCGGCCAAUUGAUUUAAUAUAAAUAUUCUUUUCGGUGCGUCCGUCCACUCCAGUCGUGAACCAAUUGGACUACUUUUUGUAAUUCGGAAUUAACAUUUCUGGCUUAGUCGGUUGCACUUAUGUGCAUAGGAAAACUAAUGGUUGUUUCUAAACUGAUUUUGAGAUAGAAAUUUUAGUUCCU